AUGGCUGAGAAUACUGUUGGGGAUGCACCAUCCCUAUGGGGUGUCUCAUAUGAGGCAGCCACGGCCAGCUGGGCCCUGGGAGCCAUCCUCGCCGUGCUGGCCUCGCUCAUCAUCGCUGCCAAUGUGCUGGUGGCCAUCGUCCUGCUCUGCCACAUCCUGAAGAGUGACUCCAAGGGGCUCUGUUUUGUCCUCAACCUUGCCUUGGCGGAUGCCAUGGUCGGCUUCACAGUCAUGGGCCUGGCCACAGAUGAGCUUUCCCAGCCCUUUAAUCCUUCCCAGAAGUUUUGCAUCCUGAGAAUGGCUUUUGUGACCUCUUCCUGCGCUGCCUCCAUCUUGUCCCUGAUCCUAGUUGCAUGUGACAGGCACCUGGCGAUCCGGAAGCCUUUCCACUAUUUCCAGCUGGUGACAGGCCUGCGGGUUGGGGUGUGCUUGGUGGGGCUCUGGCUGGUUGCUGCCAUCGUCGGCUUCCUCCCGGUCUUCAUCCCACGCUUCCAGAGGGUCUCCAACCAUUGGAAAUGCUCCUUCUUCAACGUCUUCCAGCCUUCCUACAUGCUCACCAUGUUCUGCCUUGGCUUCUUCCCCGCGCUCUUCCUCUUCCUCUACCUCUACUGUGACAUGCUAAAGAUUGCCUCGGUGCACGUGCAGCACAUCCAGGAGGUGCAGCCGGUGGGGCUGGGGGGGAGCUGUCCCCCGCCCCGUGCCACCAGUGACAUGAAGGCCAUGCGCACGGUGGCCGUGCUCAUCGGGUGCUUCACCCUCUCCUGGCUGCCCUUCUUCAUUGCCAGCGUCGUGCAGAUGGUCUGCCCCGAGUGCUUCCCCUACAAAGUCAUCGAGAACUUUCUCUGGCUGCUGGGACUGGGCAACUCCCUCCUGAACCCACUGCUCUAUUCCUACUGGCAGAGGGAUGUGCAGUUCCAGCUCUCCCGGCUGGUUGCAGGUGUGAAGAGGAGGGUUCUGCUCCAUCUGGGCAGCGGCCGCUGUUUCACUGGCAGAAACGCCAAGGCUCUUCCUGCUGUGUCCUUCCUGGAGCUCCAGGACUGA